UAGAUUUACCGUUCGUUACAUAUUUUGUAUGUUUUUUUGGACUUUUUUUGGGCGCACGUUUCGUUGGUUACAGGUCAUGCUGAAAUCGAAAGUUUUAUUAUCCUUAUUUUCUCUAUCUUUCUGCUUGGGGCGUUAUUUGACGUUUCUUUUUUUCGACCGCAGUGCGAGAGCCGCGAUUUCAAACAUUAUAAAUAAAACUGUUAUGCAGUUGACGUAUACGACGAUCGUAAUUUAAUUAAAGUCACUUGAACGUGAAGCGUUUUUGAUUGCAAUUAAAAUCAAAAUAUGGAGUAAAUCGUCUCUCUGCCUUGUCCCUCGGUAUGAAAUCGAUACCUAAGGGGGGGAAAAUGCUGAAUAACUUUGUAUCGUGGAUAUUGUGAUAAUAAAAUUUGAAAGGUAAUUUUUAAAUCGGUGAUUUCUUUGUUCGAAAUCUCUUUUAUCAUCACGUUAUAUUUCAGAGUAAAACAAUGCAUGAAUCGGGCGUUAAAUUUUUUUUUUUUUUUUUUCAGGAAUUAUAAGUUGAGUUCGCAUUUUGUCGCCGGUUUUGAUCGUGAAUUGAAUAAUCAAAUCUGACGAGCCUUGAUCCAACGAAUUCAAUUGUUCGAAUACUAUCAAAGUAGUGGGUAAUUUGCUAGCCGUACAGAAGACAUUGGGGUUUGAGGUCCGAUCGAUGGAUUCCUAAUUAAAUAUUCCGACCAGCUAUUCAAACGAAAAUCAAAAUGAAAUUUCAUAUGAAUUCCAAUUAUGAGGGACUGUUUACAUAAAAGAGGAUGUAAAAGUAAUUCCUCGACACAAUCUAGGAUGAUUUAAUUAUUGUAAAUUUCUCUCCGGAAUUCUCUGGCAUCUGAUCAAAGGUGUGUAGGAUAAUUGAAUAUCGUUUUUCCUGUUAUAAUAACAACGUCGUUCGAACGGAACGAAAUACGUUAUACCAUGUGUAGAUGCAUACGUGUAUCUAUUCAUACCAAUCAACGUUUCCAGGUCAUUUCCGUUAGCUACGGAGAUAUGAAUUCCGGAAGUUUUAGAACUGUAAUAACAAUUCGAACCUGGAAUUCGCAGAUUUACCAUACGAGAAUCUAUGCUUUAAUUGAAAACGAAAUAACCCUGCUAAUUUGCAUCCGAAACUCAUCAAGAGAAAAAUCUAGCCGAGGCCUGUUUUACCGACAUUCUACCAAGUUUGGCAACGAUUUCGUAGAGAGCAGAUUGCGUGCCGAUAAAACUUUUAAAUCACCUCGACUUUGCACCUGAAUUAUCCUUCGCUUAUCAGGAAGUACGCCCUGGUGAUCAGGAUACAAAAUAAGUACCGUACGAGUUAAUAAUUUUUUUAUCCUAUUCAUCUAUAUAAUAUGCAAUUUCAAGACAGCAUUUUGUCACACAAUUUAAUCGAAGAUUUGAAUUAGUCGCAGUACCAAUUUGGAAGAGACCUAAUUUUUCGACCUAGAAAAUUUUUAAAAUGCGAGUUGCAGAUGUUUUAUUCAAAUUAGUUAUCCACUGUGCGCUAGGGGCGCCGCUGUCCGCUCUGGAGUCGGUUGAUGCUCAUUUGCAGUUUCAAGCUAUUAUCAAAUUGCAGUGGAGAUCGAGUUUCAUUCAUGUGUUCAACUUCCGCUUUAUCGUUCCAAAGUUUUAUCAUCGAUGCACUCGACUGCCGUUAAAACUUCUCUCUCUACUCUCAUAAAAAAAGUGUUCUAAAUCAAUUUAACCAAACUUGAUCGACGUUUCGAUAAGAUUCGAUUGCGCGCCUGCAUGUGCUGAAAUAAAAACAACGCCACGUGGUCUACGUCAACAUUACGUAAGGGUCAGCAGCCCGCCAUCAGCUGAACGUUACGUCGCGAAUUCCAACCUCGACGUGACAGGUGGAGUUUCAGGCGCCCUCGAGUUGAAAGUUCACCGAUCGAACGGCCACCUCCGACGUAAGUGAUAUCUAAAAAGUUUCCUCUACGCACACCCAUUCAUCGAAUCAAAAAUAAUGCGACAGAACUUCUGUAUUCCUUUCGAAAAAAAAGAAGAGAAACGUCGCGACUCGCCGACGCUGAGUAAUCUUGACAGUUGAAGUCGAAUCACGGCGAACUUCGAAAGCUCCGUCACGCACGCCCGAAUAUAUUAAAAACGUAAAACGAGUCAAAAAACUAGUUCAACCCCUUCGACGUCAAACAAUAGAAGUCCCAAAGCUGACGACUCGACGUACGAUCUCGGAUUGCGGGGCGGUUGGGGAUCAGAAAACCGAGCGGUGCACGGUUUUUGGCGCGGGUAGCGGGGUGGGGAGAAAACGGCGGACUCUGAUCAGAGCGGAGCGCCUGUUAGUCGUCGGCCAUGUUUGCUGCGCGUAACUCGUCGUAUUUUCGUCCACCGUGAGUGGCUGGCGUCGUUGUGGUGGGGGAAAGUGUAUUCGUGACGUCACAUAAUUAGAGUAAAUACAAAGUAGUCUUGAUGGGACAGCGGCGUGCGCCGCACCAUGAGUCGCUGGUCCGCGCGCGUCAAAUCUUCUGUAUCUAUUACACACGCGAGUAAAGUUUAAUCGUGUUAACACUAUGUGCAUGUGUUGUUUAUCUAUGUAUGAAUAUACAUAAAAGUUUACCCUCACACGCAAGCGAGUACAUACGUUACAUUAAUUAAUAAAUACAUAAUUGUAUAAAUAAAUAAAUUCAACAACAAAUAAUAUCAACAAAAAUAAAACAACCGAAUACACACCUAUGUCUAUAAACAAAUAUGAGUUAUCACAUAAAAUGAAUAUGUAUGUGUAGGUAUAUACAUCAAUUAAUAUCCAUAUAAAUAGAUAGUUGAUUGAAUCAUUGAUUAAUUAAUUAAUUAAUCGAUCAUAAAAGUGUUUCCAGAAAAAAAAAAAAAAAAUUCUACGUAUACAUGUAUCAAAACAAUCAUAGUUUGAAUAGUUAUAAAUAAUUCAGUAAUAAUUGAAAACAAAGAAAAAACUUAUAAUCAUAACAACGGUAAUAAUAACAACAUCAAUUAAUUAUAGAUGUAUGUGAAAACAGUGAGUGACAUACACACGUCUAAGAGAAAUGGAUAAGAUCGAGCUCCUCGGAGGGGCGUGUUUCAGCCACGGGCCAUACACGUUCUACAAAGCGGUGCGUAUCGGUAACGGUCGUGUUCUUCGUUUGGGAAAUUUUUUUCUCACGAAACUUUGGAACGAUGCCGAUUUAGUGAGCAUUGGUGAACUGCAGUUAUUGUGGCUAGAUAGCAGGGGUCCUAAUCAACCCUUGGCGUCGCUCAGACUUUAUUUUCUACCGGAAAACACACCGGACGGACGAAGGGAUACGCACGGAGAGGACGAGGUGUUGACGAUAUCGGAAAAGGUCGUAGUUCGCGUAAAUGAUUUAGUCACGUGGUUAUCGCCGUCUUUGGAAUGGUCCUGGGGACGAGAAGUUUCGCCCAUACCUUCGCCGGGAUUAUCGCCUGAAAAAAGUCCCGGCAAAGAGGACCUCCCGUUGCCAACUGUACUGACGGAUCCCGGAAUCGAUUUUUCCGACGUCGAGAAACAGCAAAAAGAAUACGAGAGCAGUUUUAGCGGUACAAAAAAUGAAGGACCCACGCAAACCAGAGUGGUCGUGUUGUCCUAUCCGAGGUACUGUCGGUAUCGGGCUCUCCUUCGACGUCUUCAAGGAGCCGAACCUUCCUGGCUCUGUUCUCCGGUCGCAGCAGCGGUCGGAGGAUUCACAGCUUUGCCGGGAACAAGAGUACUCUUUUGCAGAGACACCUUCGACUAUCCCGACCUUGAAACUCACGAACUACUGUGCAAUCAUUUAGCGCCGAAAUUAAAAGGUAGACCUCGUAGAAAACGAAAAAAGCGCAGUACGUCACCUGGGGAAUCGAGCAACGAAAGUGAAGCUUCCGUUGCGUCUACCUCGAAGACUGUUUCUGCCAGUAUUGUACCUGGACUACGACCACCUUCUUCCGGGGUUCGCCGAAGCGAGAGGAAAACAAGCUGUGAAGAAAAGAGAUUCCUCUCCGAUGUUCAAACCUUCAUGAACUCCAGGGGAACUCCCGUUGGCAAGAUGCCGUUAUUAGGAUACAAGCAAAUCGACUUAUUUCUAUUUUACACAAAAGUUCAAAAUUUGGGUGGAUACGAGUCUGUCAGUGCCGGCAGAUUGUGGAAAUCCAUUUACGACGAGAUUGGUGGAAGUACAGGAUCGACCAGUGCCGCAACCAUAACUAGGAGGCACUACGAAAGGCUGCUCUUGCCUUUUGAGAGACAUCAGCGUGGAGAGGAAAUCAAAGUAAGACCUCCUCACGGAAGGCGUGCAAAGACGGGUAGCAUGUCCGAAGAAGUUGAAAUGAAACAGGAACCGGAAUCCCCGAGUCCGUCACAGUCACCGCAAACAUUCGCCACCUCCAAUACUCCCACUUCAACGCCGGCCACUCCACCUCCGCAGUCGAUAAUCUCCACGCCUCUUAUUUGUGCGGAAAAACCGAAGUCAGAAGCUGGAAAGACGUCGUCGCUACGCAGUGUGAGAGUUAAGCCAGAACGUCUUAAAUCGCUGAACACAAUCAUAGCGAACACCCCAACAGCCACCAGCCCCAUCCACCUACCAAGCUCUCCUCCGUCUUCUAACACCCCUGUAACAACACCGACUAGUACCCCAUCGACAACACCCUGCAACGAUGGUCAAAGCGUAUUGGAAAGACAAUUGAAUAGUCCUUUCAUGUCGCAUCAAGUACCUCCUUCGUCGCCACCGCCAAGUUUACCUGUGAACAACGUCAAUACCACGAAUACGAAUGCUUCGGCUGUUGUGACGUUGACACCACCACCGGAAAAUGAUAUUAAAGAACUUAAAUUGGACACUAAACAAACAACCCUGCUGGCACAGGGAAAGGAAAAUAUACCGUUGUUUGGUGAUAAGACAAUAGUCCCGCCAAGGUCACCCGAGGUAAUUGAUCUCGAGACUGAAAUGGACACUAGUAGAGAUAAGAUUAUCAUUCCUAGCUUCAAGAAGCGAAAACUCGAGAUAUUGAGGGAAGGUGGACUCGAGGUCACGGCUGUUGAUUUAGAGGCAAGACCAACUGUGAUCCAAGCAACGAUAACACCUGUUGUUGUACCAUCUCCGGCAGUUGUGAAAUCUGAAGAAAAGACUGUUAAUGCACUUACGACUCCGGUAAUAACCAAUUCUAAUACAAAAUUAAUAUCCGUCACCGUUACACCCGACAUAAGUCACAUGCUACCUUCGCCGCAAGAUAAUCAAAAUUCACAAUCUCGGGUUCUCCACCCUCAACAUCAACACCAACAUCAACAGCAACAACAACAACACCACCAACAACUUCAGCAGCACCAGCAACACCAUCAUCAUCAACACCAACACCAACAUCAACAUCAUCAACUUCAACAUCAUCAACAUCAACAGCAGCAGCAACAGCAGUCUAAGCAAGUCACGAAUAACAAUAACUCGUCAAUGAACUACAACAAUGUUCCAAACAGCAGAGUUAUUAAUCUUGGCAAUUCCAACGAUACGACGUUAUUACAGUUGUACGCGAACGCUGUCACAGUCCCAUCGAGUAAUGGUAACAGUAAUAGAGUUUUGCCAUCGCAGCAGGCACCCAAUGGCAGGGUAGCACCACCGAAAGUAACGCAAUCUCGUUCAAUAUUUUCCCAUAAUGAGAAAACAGUAUAUGGGAAUCCUAAGGAUAUUCUGAUGCCACAAAAGUAUCUGCCGCCACUUUCGUCGGCUUUGUCUUCUUCCCCGAGCAAUCACAUCAAUAAUAAUUCAACUGGCGUUUUGGAUCUGACUCAAAAAGUGGAAGAAAAACCUGCGACGUACACUAGGCCGAGUUUAGAAAUUGUUCGAGUUCCAAUCGUACCAAGGCCAAAUCCUCUGAAUUUGGAGAUGAAAAAUAAAGAGAAACAGAGCCCACUACAACAGCAGCAACAACAGCAUCAGCAUCAUCAUCAGCAUCAGAUGCAGCAUCAGAUUCAGCAUCAACAUCAGCAUCAGCAUCAACAUCAACAUCAGCAUCAUCAACAUCAGCAACAUCAGCAGGAAUCACCAAAGAAAACUUUCAACUAUCCUAUAAUCGAUUCUAAAACUAUGGUAUCGAACAACUUGGAAAUUACUUUGGUAAACCCGAAUAAACAAAAAUCUCCGCCAGUGUUAACGGGACAACUCCAACAUAUAUCUCAACAAAUACAUACAACAAGAAAUAAUGCCGUUCUGCAGCCAAGGAGACCAUCGCAAGCCCAACCACUACCACCACCACAACAACAACAACAACAAUCACAACCGCCACACCCACAACCUCGACCACAGUCACAACCACAACAACUACAUCUACAGCCACAGCCACAUCCACAUCCACACUCACAUCCACAUCCCCAUCAACAACUACAACCACAGCAACAGCAACAGCAACAGCAACAGCAACAGCAAAAUCAAAAUCAACAUCAACAUCAACAUCAACAUCAAAAUCAAAAUCAAAAUCAAAAUCAAAAUCAAAAUCAAAAUCAACAUCAACAUCAACACCAACAUCAACAUCAACACCAACACCAACACCAACAUCAACAACAACAGCAGCAGCAGCAGCAGCAGCUGCCGCCGCCACAACAACAACAACAUCAACAACAACAACAACACCAACAUCAACAUCAGCAGCAACAACAACAACAACAACAGCAACCGCAACAGCAACAGCAACCACAACUGCAACAGCAGCAGCAACAGCAACAGCAACAGCAACAACAACUGCAACAUCAAAAUCAACAGCAACAUCAAAAUCAACAGCAACAUCAAAAUCAACAGCAUCAUCAACAGCAGCAGCAACAGCAGCAGCAACCGCAACAGCAACAACAACAGCAACCGCAACCGCAACAGCAACAGCAACAGCCACAGCAGCAGCAAAACGCUAACGGAAAAUUCCCUUCGCGGACAGAACCCUUGUCUCCUUACACACCAAGGAAACCGAAUCACAUGGUGAUACCGAAUAUCCCAGGAAUUGCCAACACACCGAGUCUGAAUCACUUAAACAAUAUUGCAAAUUCACCAUAUGCAAGGACGAAUUCGCAACAACAGCAUCAGCAUCAACAGCAGCAGCCACCCAUCUCUGGAGAUCGGAGAAAGUCUGAUACUCCGAAGGAUCAUCGAAGAACAAGCGAAAGUGAGAGAUGUAACGUUACGCAACAGCAGCACGAGAGCUGCGAAAGGCAGGGUGAAACGACACAGCAAAGACAUCAUGGUUCAAAUGCUCCGACUAACUAUCACCAUCCUCCACCUCCGGCAGCUCCUUCGUCCCACUUGCCACCAAAUCCAGCAUUUCUUACCCAGUUACCAAACCACGGAAAGUUCUUACCAAUACUUGAUCCAAUGUACUAUUCUGCGAUUUACAACGGUAUGUUUCCACCUCCGAUUCCUCCAUCGGCACCGUUUCUGUCUCCUGAGUUCAGGGCUUAUUACAAAGAAUUUUUCGCCACCCAACCAAGACUUGCGAUGGCCGGACAGCCCACUAUCCCAACAUCCAAAUAAAAUAAGGGAUCUCAAAUUAAGUUUUAACGAAGAGUAGUAAAUCCGUACUGUUUUUACACAUUUCCAGGUUCUGCGUAUCUCGUUUUUUUUCCUGAUUAUUACUGUUUCAUUUUUCCAAAUAUUUUUCUUUUUCCCUUCAACGUCGCAUCGAGUCACGUAUAUUAAUAAAGUCAAUAUGUUACCUGGAUGAUUAUAAUAAUUACUAUUAUUGUUAUUAUUAAUUUUAAACAGAAAACUUUGUCUCUUAGGCUUAGGGAGCAACCAUGCAAACUGAACAGGAGAUUUUAAGAGACGAUGAAUACCAGAUUAUACUCUAACUCGACCAAUCGUACAAAAAUGCUAUCUUACUUUAUUUUCAUAAUGAAAAAAGAGAGAAUGAAUAUUUCUGCUUAUUAAAAUUCUUGGUCCAGAUAGCUUAUCAUCAGUGCGUACGGUAUUCAAAGUAAUCUGUGAUUGGCAUUGUAAUAGACAAGCUGCGUCAUUCUUUUAUUACGACAGAGUUUAAUACGAUGUUCUGUUUUUUUUUUUUUUUUUCUCUUUCGUUUUAAAUUCAACCCUGUGAUAAAGAGGAUAAAAUUAAGUAUUAUGAAUAAUAAUUGUACAUCGAUGCUCGUUUUUCUUUUAUCCUUUGUCCCAUUUCUUUAUCUUUUCGUUAUGAAGAAAAAAAACAAAUAAUGCAGAAUAAAUGAGAAUGAAGAUCAAAAACAGAAUAUUCAACAUGAUUGGCAACUGUAUGACGGGAAUUAUUUCGUUCCAUUGAUAAUAAUUGAUGAUUUUCGAAAAUUUUUAAUGCACUUUUCAAGCGCGUAAUGUGAUAUACUAGAAAUGGGGUGCCGAAUGGCCGUGUGCAUGGAUAUCGCAUAGGUAUUUCACUGCAUCCCUGAUGUUAACGUUGCGGAACUAUAGUGUGGUGCACGAUGUUCUCGCUCUGUAAUUAUUAUACCGAUUAAGUUAGCUAAUUUUCGAUAUACCGUACAGAGUUUAGUUAGUGUAUACAUACCAUAGAUAUAAUAGCGACGCUGAAUACAUACCUAUAUGUAACCGAGGUAUAAUAUAAAAGAAAGCAUGUAUGAUUAGAACACGUGUAGUAUACAUAUACAUAUUAUAUAUAUAUAUAUAUUCACACAUAUAAAUAUAAAUAAAUAUACAUAGUUUGACUUUAGUAUGAAGACGUAUACAUAAGGCAGCAAAAUGUAUAUAGUGUACAUACCAACGACCUAAUCUAUAAGUUAGUUAAGUUCAGAAUUAUCAUUGAAUAUUAUUAUAAUAAUAUUAUUAUCAUUAUCAUUAUUAUUAUGAUUAUUAAUAUUAUUAUUAUCAUUAUUAUAUGAAUAAGAUUAGCAUAAAUGCAUAUAUAUUAUGAAUAUAUCAUAUAUAUAUUAUAUAUACAUGUUAAACAAUAUAUAUAUUAUAAUAAUAUGUGCACCGUAUAAUAACUAGGAAAUAAUGAACAUAAAUACAAAUAUCUUAUUUGAAGGUAAUGAGCAGGUAAACCUUAUUGCAAGUAUGAUUAGGAAAACUACCGAACUUCAAUCCGUAUACCUUGAAUAGUAUUAGUCGAGAAACGACUGAUCUGAUUAUUAAUAAUGAUUUUCAAAAAGAUCUCAAUCAUUACCAUGGGGUCAUCUCCCUUACGUAUCGGUUUGUUGUUUCAAAAUUGUCAUAUGUGUUUCUUUUUCUUUUUCUUCCACUACUAUAUUCUCUUCAAAAGACGAUUCAUAGAAUGGAGUUUACUCGAAUACACGGCCCUUUACGUCCAGAUUUUUUUUUUUUUUUAAAUUCCAUUCAAAUAAUUCACAGUCAAUGAUUUGCAUGCAACACGGGAUCCUCUGAUCAAUUUUCUUAAUGAAUAAAAAAUAAAAUAAACCACAGUAAAACAAAAAAACUAGUAUAAAAUAUAAGGGCUUGUAACGGAAGAAAUGUGCCAUAAAAAGUGCUUGUAGGUAUAGAUUUUAAAAUCAUAAACACACUUGAAUUAGAUAUGUUUAAUUAUAUGAACUUCGGAUGAAAGAAAAAUUAUUAGUAUUUUUAUUUUGUUUUUUUUCAACGUUCUUUGUGAGCCCAAUAAUCAAAGGCCAAGCAAGACAAGAGAAAAGAAAGAGAGAUGAAAGAAGUUUUGUGAAUAAAAAGAUUUUAUUAAUUUUUGUUAUCUGUUUUUUAGAUAUGACAAAUUUUAAC